AUGGAGCUUCAAGCCCGUCGGAGACUCGAAACUACGGAUUCACUGGCAGAACCAGAAGAAAACAAGAAGAAAUGGCUGCAGAAAGGACAGAUCGUCGAAGACUCGGAGAAAUCGGAAACGGGGUUAGAUUACUUACCGGAGAUGGUACGGGAUGUACGGUCUAAUAUAUUGGCUUCUCAGCUCAAAGGGACAACCGGCUUUAGGAUGUUGCUAUGUUCUUGCUCGGAUAGGGUGUUGCCAUCGAAUGAUGCAUUCUCACUUGUCCAUGAGGUAGUCAAAACUGGUCUACUCGCUCGAUUUAAGGAGUUUCUUGAGAAGACCAAGUCACCACAGUUGCAGUGUGAAGCUACAGUAGAACUAGGAUAUAGUGUUGUUUGCAGUUCGUUGAAGGAUGUCCAACGUUUCAUCGAUUGUGGGGCUGUUCAAGAAUUUGUAAAGCUACUUAACUCUCCGAGUGAAGAAGUUAGAGAUAUUGUUAGUGGCAUCGAGAUAUAA